UCUCCCACCGCGCCUACAAUUUAAUUCCCUUUCGGAUGGCCCUGGCCCUAACGGCUCUGAGGGCCACUCUACUCUCCGCCUCCGCCCUACGCCACCUCACGAUCACGAUCGGACGGCAGCAGCGCAUCUCAAAGCCCUGCCGGACCAUGGCGUCGUCUUUGCCGGCCUCGUCGGUCGCCCGCAGCCCGGAGAAAAUCACGGCGCCGUACGGCUCCUGGAAGUCCCCGAUCACCGCCGACGUCGUCUCCGGCGCGGAGAAGCGGCUCGGCGGCAUCGCCGUCGCCGGAGACGGCCGCCUCGUCUGGAUCGAGACCCGCCCCACUGAAGGAGGGUACGUUCCCAAAAGCCUGACGCGCCUAAAACCCCAGAGCUCGCUUUUGGAAUCCCGUCGUAUCGUCGGAUCGGCUUUUUCAUGCGAAACAUUUCCAGAAACUCUUGUAAUGGAACCAGUAAAAGUGGAAGACAAACCUCUGGACCUCAUACCUGCAGAGUUUGCAGCAAGGACUUUAGCACAGGAGUAUGGAGGUGGUGCAUUUGCUGUUUUGGAGAAUAUGAUUAUAUUUUCGAACUAUAAAGACCAACGGUUAUACAAGCAAAUCAUUGGAGGUCACUCACCAGUACCAAUCUCUCCGGAUUAUAGUGAAUCUGUAGUACGUUAUGCUGAUGGUGUCUUUGAUCCUCAUUUCAAUCGUUAUCUAACUGUAAUGGAAGAUCAUCGCAAAAGUAGCCUAAAUCCGAUUACGUCAAUUGUUGCUAUAAACUUGAAUGAUGGAAAUAUUCAAGAACCGAAGGAACUUGUUAGUGGCAAUGAUUUCUAUGCCUUUCCACGAGUUGAUCCAAACAAAACGAGAAUGGCAUGGGUUGAAUGGAGUCACCCUAACAUGCCUUGGGACAAAGCAGAACUCUGGGUUGGGUAUUUUUCUGAAAAUGGUGACUUGUGCAAGCGGGUUUGUGUUGCUGGUGGAGAUCCUAUGUUAGUAGAGUCUCCAACUGAACCCAAAUGGUCUUCCAAUGGGGAAUUGUUCUUCAUCACUGAUAGAAAGAGUGGGUUUUGGAAUAUUUAUAAAUGGAUUGAGCACAAAAAUGAGGUGGUGCCUGUUUAUUCAUUGAAUGCUGAAUUUUCUAGAGCACUGUGGGUUUUUGGCAUUAGCUCUUAUGACUUUGUUGGAAAAGAUGGGGAUAAUCAGAAAAUAGUUUGCAGUUACAGGCAAAACGGGAGAUCAUACCUUGGAAUUUUGGACUAUGUUCAGGGUUCCUUUUCACCUCUCGAUAUUCCUUUCACUGAUAUUAGUAACAUUGUUUCUGCAUCCUGCUGCCUGUAUGUUGAAGGUGCAUCUGGUAGACAACCAUUGUCAGUUGCAAAGGUGAUCUUGGAUGAAAAGCAAUCAAAAGCAAUUGAAUUCUUAAUAAUAUGGUCUUCUUCUCCAGAUAUAACUAAAUACGAACCAUACUUUAGCUUGCCAGAACUUAUUGAGUUCCCUACAGAGAACCCUGGUCAGAAUGCCUACGCAUAUUUUUACCCACCUAAAAAUGAGUCUUAUCAAGCUCCUCCGGAUGAAAAGCCUCCCUUAUUGGUCAAAAGCCAUGGAGGACCUACAUCUGAAACACGUGGAGUACUGGAUCUCAAUAUCCAAUAUUGGACUAGUCGAGGCUGGGCCUUCGUUGAUGUUAAUUAUGGAGGAAGCACUGGUUAUGGGAGAGAAUAUCGAGAAAGACUUUUGGGACAAUGGGGUAUUGUUGACGUUAAUGAUUGUUGCAGCAGUGCUAAAUUUCUGGCAGAAAGCGGAAAGGUGGAUGCACAACGACUUUGUAUAACUGGGAGAUCAGCUGGUGGAUACACCACAUUAGCUUGUCUUGCAUUCAGAGACACAUUUAAAGCGGGUGCUUCUUUGUAUGGUGUUGCUGAUUUGUCCGCAUUGAAAGCAGAAACUCACAAAUUUGAGUCCCACUAUAUCGAUAAUCUUGUGGGGAGUGAAAAUGCUUAUUAUGAGAGGGCGCCAAUUAACUUUGUUGAUAAAUUUACCUGCCCGGUGAUUUUGUUUCAAGGACUAGAGGACAAGGUUGUGCCACCAGAUCAGGCCCGCAAGAUAUACAAAGCUUUGAAAGAAAAGGGGCUGCCUGUUGCUUUAGUCGAAUAUGAAGGAGAACAACAUGGUUUUCGCAAGGCUGAGAACAUCAAGUUCACAUUGGAGCAACAGAUGAUGUUUUUGGCUAGAUUAGUGGGACAUUUUGAAGUGGCUGAUGCUAUUUCACCUAUUAAAAUUGAUAACUUUGAUUAAGCAGAUGAUUGUUGAUGAUGUUGACAUCUUGUAUAAAAAGGGGUCUAGGGAAGUGGUCUAUUUCAUUAUGUUGCAUACAGGUGAAGACGGACCGGCUGCAUAAGAAGAGCUGCAAAAAAUUGUGCCGGGUGGUUGAUGCCAUUAAACAGGCUUGUCCUUGCUAGCCAUCAACUCCAUUCUGCCACACGAUGCUCUCACGAGGUCCUAACAGGAACAGAAAGCCACAUGUGCAAGGUCUGAGGAAUGUCACUUCAUUCAUAUUGUGGCCCCAUUGAAAAGCCCUGCACACCUCUACAUCGUUUCUAAUCUUAAUUGGAUUGGAUCAGAUGCAUGGGAAUCGUCAUAAGAACUGUUUCUGUCAAGGUGGCUCUGCCUGCAAGUGAGAGGGCCUUCCAUUUUCCGGCAUCAUCAGAAUUUGCAAGUCCUCUUGGAUCAUUCUAUGUGUAUGUGAGUGUGGAGGGGCUGAAAACGAUUUCGGACUUCAAAAGAUUCACAGCAUGAGCAGACUGAAUGCAACAAUUUUUCCACAUUAGGUGCCUGAAUAAUUGCCCAUUACUCUUUGCAGCCUGUUCAACCAGCAAGCAAUCAUCGGCCAACACGAAAUGUGAUUUGUGAGGGCCAGACCUUUAGCUCACCACUUGCCACUGCAGAGUUAAGGGAUCUAGAGAGCAUGUCAGCAUAUAUGAUGAAAAGGAAAGGAGAGAGAGGAUAUACUUGAAGUGAAUCAGCUAGAAGGGACUCCAUUACCUGACACAGAUAAGCUUGGGUCGUUAACACACCCGCUCUCCUCUGCCCCCUUGCGUCAGCAUUAGAAUCUUCAUGUGCUCCAUCCUGAAUAUAUGGCCAGCUUCUGUUAAUCAAUUGGUUCCUCGUGCAUUACUAAAUGAGCUAAAAGAAACGUCCUGUUAAAGUUCCCCUGAUGGUUUGGAAAGGACUCUUGUUAGUUGAAAUCCCAUAGCCUCCUUGUAAUGGGAUUGACACAUACUGUCUCUCACAUCUUGUAAUGGGAUUCUCGAUGCAUUUGUCUCUCA